AUGCCUACGUUCUCCAGCCAGGACAUCCCCGACCUCCAUGACCAAGUAAUCAUCGUCACCGGGGGCAACGCCGGCCUCGGAUACAAGACCGUCUGCCAACUCAGCCUGCACAACCCAGCGCGCGUUUACCUCGCCGCGCGAUUAAAGGACAAGGCUACCAUGACCAUCAAGGACCUGCAAGAGACAAAUCUAGGGGUUGCUGAUGUCCAAUUCCUCUACCUCGACCUUGCUCUAUUUAAGAGCGUGAAAGCGGCCGCCGCAGAGUUUCUCAGCAAAGAAUCUUACUUGGAUAUCCUCGUUAAUAAUACCGGAAUCAUGAUGACGCCCGAGGGGCUCACCGAGGAAGGGUUCGAGAUCCAAUUCGGGACAAACGUCAUGGGCCCGGCACUCUUCAGGCGCUGA